ACGUUGCCAUCGCCAGAGAGCGGUAGAGUGCCAUCGACUAGCAAGUCAGUCCAGAGCUAACUGAGCACUGGUUGAACUGCUUUCUUUGCUUCUUUUUGCACCUGACGAGCUGCUCACUCAGUCAUGGCCGCAAAGAGAGCCUUGGUUAUCCUGUCGAAGGGUGCAGAGGAGAUGGAGACUGUUAUCCCCGUGGACAUCAUGCGAAGAGCUGGGAUUGCAGUGACGGUGGCAGGGCUGACUGGUAAAGAACCAGUACAGUGCAGCAGAAAUGUUCUGAUUUGUCCGGAUGCAAGCUUGGAGGAUGCCAGAAAACAGGGCCCCUAUGAUGUGGUGCUUCUUCCUGGGGGAAUGCCAGGGGCACAGAACCUGGCAGAGUCUUCUGCUGUGAGUGAGGUGCUGAAGGACCAAGAUGGCAGGAAAGGCCUUAUUGCGGCCAUCUGUGCAGGUCCUACAGCUCUUCUGGCGCAUGGCAUCGGCUAUGGUAGCACAGUGACCACACAUCCUGCAAUGAAGGACAAGAUGAUGGCUGGGGAUCACUAUAAAUAUUCCGAGGCUCGAGUGCAGAAGGAUGGCCAUUACAUCACCAGCCGUGGGCCCGGAACCAGUUUCGAAUUCGCCCUGACUAUCGUAGAGGUGCUUCUGGGGGCCGAGGUUGCCGCUCAAGUCAAGGCUCCGCUCGUUAUGAAAGAGUAACUGUAGCCGAUUCACAGCUGCUCACGGUCCGUAACUUUAGGAUCACGGGGAGUUGGAGUCCGUCCUAGCUUACAUCAGACGAAAGGCUGAUGGCAACCUGGACUGGUCAACAGUCAAUCACGGGGCACACAUCGAGACGGGCAGCCGUUCACACUCAGAUUCACACCAUCACUGAGUUGUAACUGAACCCACGCUGCCUGCCGGGAAGUCGGGCAUAUGAACCGCAGAACCAUAAGUUUAAAGAUACAAGAAUGUCCCAAUUUAAAUCUCUUAUUCGUUUGACAAUUGUUGUAUUAUUGUGGUUGUAGUUAGCAGUGAUGUAGAGUUGUUCUGCAUCGCACUGAAAGGUUUUCAUGAUAAGGUUUCCCUCCCAUGCAGCUAAUUUCGGUGGCAGGGAUGCAAAACAACUCCUACUUUGAUGCCAUGUAGUUGUACACUAUCGCAAACUACAACCACAGAAAUAGUGAUGUAUUUGUGAAGUUAGAAUUUCCUUCAAUUUGCCUCAUUAGAUCUGGGGAAUCUUUUGGCAAUCCAAAUCUUAAAAUAGUACAGUAAUGCCUCACAUUCACAGUUUACCAUUUGCAAAUUUACAGAUUCCCGUUUUUUUUUUUUUUUUAAUCUGUGGAACUGUAUUUGCUUUUUGUGUGCUUUCCGAAACACCCUACAAUGCCACAAAAUGCAGCCAACGCCCUGUCAAUAUAAGAAUUGGUAUCAAGGAAAUGCAGUUCAGUGAAGGAAUACAUUUUGACCUUGAACCUUGUAUGAUGAGCUAAGUUUAGCCUGGAUUGUUAGUGAGAGAUAGUUUUUGCCUUAUGGUCAUUUACAUCUGUGAUUCUCUUCCAUUUUUUUCGAGGUCUGGAAGUCAUUUAUUUUAAUGGUAAAGUUGUAAAAUAAGUUUAAAAUAUUAAAAUGUUUUGGGAUCACAGUUGAUGUAGUUAUCGAAUAAACUAUUAAAACUGACAAUUUUUUUAAGGGGUUUGUGAAAUAUUUGAGACAAUUGUGCAUUACUAUACAACUUUAGAGGAAGUGUAUUCGAAGCUUGAAAUUGGUCAUAAUCAUUGCAUCAUUUUUU